AUGUACUUGAGCCUAUCCAACAAUCAUUUAGUUGGUAAUUUUCCAGAAUGGUUGAGUCAACUUAAUAAUCUUGUAGGAUUGUCUCUAGACUAUAACUUGUUUCAUGGCCCCGUCCCUGCUUCUUUAGGAAACUUACAAAACUUAACUGGUGUAAACCUUUCGGGGAACCAACUGAACGGGACUCUUCCUGAUAGUUUUGGUCAGCUUUCUCAGCUAUCUGCCUUGGAUGUUUCCCUUUAUAAUCUGAUAGGUUCAAUCUCUGAAGUGCAGUUCUCAAAGCUUAAUAAAUUGAAGUUCUUGGGAUUGAGCUCUAAUUCAUUCUUUUCCAAUGUAAGUUCCAAUUGGGUUCCUCCAUUCCAGGUCCAGGAUCUUGAAGUAGGUUCAUGUCAUCUGGGUCCUACUUUUCCAGCUUGGCUAAGAACACAAAAAGAAGUUACAUCGCUUGAUAUCUCCAAUGCCAGCAUCUCUGAUUCCAUACCAAACUGGUUCUGGGAUAUUUCCUCCAACCUAUCACUGUUAAAUGUUUCUUUUAAUCAGUUACAUGGCCAGCUAAAAAAUCCUUUGACUGUAGUUCCCUUUGCAGAUGUUGAUUUGAGCUCCAACUUUCUAGAAGGACCAACUCCCCUUUCCACUUUUGAGAUUGAGUUGCUAGAACUCUCCAACAAUCGUUUUUCGUGUCCUAUUCCAGAAAAAACUUGCUCAAUCCAUGCCAAACUUGGUAGCAUUCCUUCAAGCAUUGGGAAUUGCUCUUUCCUAAAUGCAAUGGAUCUUAGCUUCAACAAAUUGUCCGGGGAGAUUCCAUUGUCUUUUAGUCGGUUAAAUCAGCUCAGGUCACUUCAUCUGACCAAUAAUAAACUUACAGGAAGCCUUCCAUCAUCUUUUCUAAAUUUAUCAAACUUGGAGACUUUGGAUCUUGGUAACAACAGAUUAUCGUGUGAAAUUCCACCAUGGAUUGGAAGUGGUUUUGCAGACCUUAGAAUUUUGAGCUUAAGGUCAAAUGCAUUUUUUGGUGAAAUUCCUUCCACUCCGUCAAAUUUAAGCUCACUGCAGGUCCUUGACCUUGCUAAAAACAAUUUGGCUGGAAGCAUUCCAGUCACUUUUGGAGAUUUUAAAGCCAUAGGCGUUUACUAUGAAGAAAGCUUGAUUGUGAAUAUAAAAGGUGGGGCUCAGAAGUAUACAAAAACUCUUUCCUUGGUCACUAGUAUAGACCUUGCCAGCAACAACUUACAUGGAGAGUUUCCUAAAGAAAUCACAAAGUUGGUGGGCUUAGUGGCUUUGAACUUGUCAAAGAACCAAGUCAUCGGUCAGAUUCCUGGAAGCAUUUCAAACUUGAGGCAAAUUUCUUCUCUUGAUCUUUCGCACAAUAAGCUCUCAGGUGCAAUUCCUUCCAGCAUGUCUACAUUAUCAUUUUUAGGUUACUUGAAUUUGUCCGACAAUAACUUCUCAGGCAUGAUCCCUUAUAUGGGGCAUGUGACAACUUUUGAUGCAUCAUCUUUUGAUGGGAACUCUGGUCUUCGUGGAGCUCCACUAGUCCUCAAAUGCCCUGGUAAUGAUUCAGAUGGAGGAGGAGGUUCCAUUGUAGAAGACAGUAGUGAUGGUUUUAGUGACAUGUGGUUUUACUUGAGCAUUGGCUUGGGCUUUGCAAGAGGUAUUUUAGUUCCUUUUCCGAUUUUUCUAUCGAAAACCUUGGAGCCAUGCCUACUUCUUGCUUGUGGACAAAAUCGUUGA